UGUCGCACAACAAAAAUGAACGUUCGUUUGGCGGUGUUCCUGGUGUUGGCGGUCGUGUUUACAAGCCGUCCGGUAGCUGGUCAGCACGAUCCACACUUUGUCCGUGGUCACAGCACCAUUGUGCAUCUGUUCGAAUGGAAGUGGAGCGAUAUUGCGGACGAAUGUGAGCGUUUCCUGGGACCGAAAGGUUACGGUGGUGUGCAGCUAUCGCCAGUCAACGAGAAUAUUGUGAUUCGGCAAGCCGAUGGAAACCGACCCUGGUGGGAACGGUAUCAGCCGAUUUCCUUCAAGCUAGAGACCCGCUCAGGAUCGGAGGCUGCAUUUGCCGACAUGUCCCGACGUUGUAAUGCGGCCGGUGUGCGUCUGUAUGUGGAUAUUAUCAUUAACCAUAUGGGAGCAACGCAGCCCGUCGAGCCCGCACCCGGAACCGGUGGAUCGACGGCCAUUCCGUCCGAUCGCCAAUUCCCGGCAGUACCGUUCGGCUGGCCUGACUUCAACACACCGUGUGCGAUCAACGAUUGGGGCAAUGCGAUCGAGAUCCGUAACUGCGAGCUUGUAGGGUUGCACGAUCUCAAUCAAGGUGUGCCGUGGGUUCGCGAUCGCAUCGUCGACUUCCUGAACCAUUUGAUCGAGCUCGGUGUUGCCGGGUUCCGUGUGGAUGCGGCCAAACACAUGUGGCCUGCCGAUCUGGAGGUAAUCUUCGGACGGCUCAAUAAUCUUAACACUGCGUACGGAUUUGCUCCCGGCUCACGAGCGUUCCUGGCGCAGGAGGUUAUCGAUAUGGGUAGCCAUGAAGCGGUCCGUAAGUACGAGUACAUACAUCUCGGCACGGUUACGGAGUUCAUGUUUUCGCACUAUCUGGGCCGGGCAUUCGGUGGAGGUGAUGCUCUCCGUUGGCUGUCCAACUUUGGCGAAUCGUGGGGUCUACUUUCUACACGCGAUGCGUUCGUCUUUGUGGAUAAUCACGAUAAUCAGCGUGGCCAUGAUGGAAUCCUCACGUACAAGCAACCCAAACCGUACAAAAUGGCUACCGCUUUUGCUGCGGCCUAUCCGUACGGUCAGCUGCGCAUUAUGAGUUCGUUCGAUUUUACCAGCUUCGAUCAGGGUCCGCCGGCUGAUGCACAGGGUAAUCUUCUUUCGCCCAUCAUCAACCCGGACAAGACGUGCGGUGGUGGUUGGGUGUGUGAGCACCGGUGGCGCCAGAUGUACAGCAUGAUCCAUUUCCGCAAUCUUGCGUGGGGUACACCGAUGUUGCACUGGUGGGACAAUGGUAACAAUCAGAUCGCUUUUGCACGUGGAAAUGUUGGAUUCGUGGCGUUUAACCUCGAGCCUGUGGACAUGAACGUGAUCCUGCAGACAGGUUUGCCGGCCGGUAUCUACUGUGACGUCAUUUCCGGUUCGCGCGAGGGUGAAACCUGUACCGGGCUGCAGGUGAUUGUGGAACCGAACGGAUUUGCAUCGAUUUCAAUCCGUGCCAAUGCGGAGGACGGUGUCAUUGCGAUCCACAGUGAGGUAAGUGUUGGUGUAACGAUCUCCAUUCGACGUUCUUAA